GUUCAUUCCUGCGCUCCGCAGCCCUAUAAAAAGGAUGGCCCUCACCAUUGUCAAGCAGUUCGGUCUAGCUUCCUGGUCCGAACGCGUCUCAUCCUCCACAAGUUCAUCAUGUGGUCCUCGUUGGCUGUCUGCUUUCUUGUCGUUGCACUGGCGGUCCAGUCUGGUCUCGCUCAGACCACAGCGAAGGCACCUAAAGCGGCCUCUAACUCGACUGGCGCAGCAGCAAGCCGUAGCCUCCUGUCUGGCUAUAAUGGUGGAUCAUCCUACAAGGCUGCAUCGUAUGGAGGGAAUUCCUACGGGGAGUCUUCCUAUGCUAAACCUGAAUCGUAUGCUGAACCCGUUGCGGAAUACGAGCCACCCGCUGCAUACGAACCUCCUCCCCAGCCCGAAUACAAGCCGCCUCCACCGAAAACCAUCACAUACCCUGCUCCCAUCAAGGUGCUGGACUGCAAGGUG